GAACUUUGUCCUGGGUGAGCAGAGGGACACAGACAGAGUCAGGACAACCUAUUGGCAGAUGUUUUGGUUUUGUCCCAUUUAGACUGCGUUACCCCUGGACAGUAAUGGAGCACUAUUCAGACCAGGGCGGUGAGGGGUUAGAACUGCUCGAUUUGCUCUUCGAUAAAAAUGAUGGUAUCCUACGCCAUGAGAAUACGGGACAACAAAACCAUCAGCUUUGGCCAGUUCAAGAUCCUCAUAUGAUGAUGCCUGCCCAGGGAAACGAGGACUUCUUCAACACACUUUUAGAUGGGUGCGACUCUGUUUCGGGGUCUCCAGUUUGGUCGCCCUCUCCUAGCGACAGCGGAAUCAGCGAAGACCCUCAUUCGGAUCACAUCGACAGUCCGGCGCCAACCGCAAGCCCCCCCGUGGAGCCUUGCAUCGUCAUAUCUCAGACGCAACACAAUCUCGACACAAACUUCCCAAAUGAAUUCAAUGGCUGGGAGACUGGCUUCUUCCCAGACAAAUCAGGAGGGAUACAGCGGGCGUCUGAAACUCCACAGGCACAACCGACCACUGGAUUCCCCCUAACUGUCAAGGACCUGCUGCUAUCUGGCACACCAGAGCCUACCACAAAGGUGUCCCCGCAGUCCUACCAGGAGCUGGUUCUCACAGAGGAUGAGAAACGACUCCUUGCCAAGGAAGGAUUGACUCUGCCAAAUCAGUUCCCGCUUACCAAGUACGAGGAAAGGAUUCUGAAGAAAAUCCGCCGGAAGAUCCGCAACAAGCAGUCGGCCCAAGAGAGCAGGAAGAAGAAGAAAGAAUACAUAGACGGCCUGGAGAGCAGGAUGGCGGCAUGCAGUGCACACAACCAGGAGCUGCAGAGGAAAGUCUUCCAGUUGGAGAAAUGCAACAUCUCCCUGAUGGAACAACUGCGUCGGCUCCAAGCGAUGAUCAUGAACGGAUCCAACAAACCGGCCCAGACUGGGACCUGCAUUCUGGUGCUGCUUCUGUCAUUCACCUUGAUUCUGCUGCCCAGUCUGAAGCCCUUCUCUGAUACCAAAGUCAGCCAGCAUGGAGACUUCAGCCCAUUGAGAGUUCAGUCACGGUCCCUGCGCAACCUCCAGUCUUCCCGCGUGCUGCACACCCUCGAGCAUCCGUACUCAGCAACAGAGGACCCCAAAAUCCUCCCGCGCUUCUCUGAGGAUAAAAGUAUGGAGGAGAUUGCUUCGCUGCUGGGAAGACUUCACAGGAGACCAGAGUUCACCAAUUACGACUCUGAAUUCCACAACCACAGUUUUGACCAGCACGACGAGCAUCACCAUGGAGACCCCAUCACUGGGCAUGUAGCGACAGUGACCUUGAAUCCGCGACGUGGCUCACGGCGGAGUCCUCAUGCGGAUGAUAUGUGAAGGGCAGAGGGGGAUUUACCCGGGGAUUUGUCAAAACUCCUUUAACAGCGCUUUUGAAGACGGGAGCCAGCCAACAGAUGGCUGGAAGCUAUUUUUCCCCCUCUUCUUUCUAUACUGAAGUAAUCUUUAAGAGAUAGGCCUACAGAAGC